AGAGUUUGGGCAGGAAACUUUGAGAAAAUUUAUUAAGAACCGAAAUUGGAGAUCUUGAAUCUUAAUAGUCAAAUUAGUACUCAAUAUUUUAUAUUAUUGGUUAUCUAAUUAGUUAGCUAUUUUCCGUUCUUUUAAGUGACGCAAAUUGCAAAAUGCAAAAUAUGUGUCUCAAGGAAUCUUAAUGACUGGGAGAUUAAUGAGUCUGAAUCGCUUUUUGGGUCCCAUCCAAGUGUGGUCCCUUGAUGCUGUCGAUGAAAGUAAGAGAGCUUGACGAGAUCCCAUCAAAGCAGAUUUGGAAGGUAAAUGCAUCUUCUUGAGUGGUAUUUCUUUUCUUGUGAGGCGGCAAAGGAAUUUAUUUUGAUCUUGGACAAGAUGAUUAAGAAGGCAAGGAUUUUGGUGAAUGGGUGCUUCGUGUAUAGAAGUGAUGCAGAUUCUUCUAAUCAGAUUCUUACUAGUGUCCCAUAUCGGUUGUGGUGCCUUGCAUACGGUCCCUUGGUUAUAAACUAGGUGAUGGCGGGUUUAGCAAGGGAUGAGAUCCAGGCUUGGGGUGGAAUGCAUAUGGACAGACGCUCUGCAAGGCUUAUUCCUUUGGCGAUAUUUUGGAGAAUUUAGAAGAAAAAAACAAGUAGUGGAGAAAAGUAAGGAGGUAGGAGCUAUAUGGCGUAUUGAUGCCUUACGGAAGGUCCUUAAGGAAGUGCACUCUCUCUUCAUGAUGUUUAAUGGAUCUAUCAGGGCAUUGCUUGAAAAAGAACCUGGUGGAGGACUGGCACGAUCCCACUUGUAUCCGUUCGUUAUGGAUUAUCUAAGUGCAUGUCAAAAGCGGUCUCCCUUGGAUAAGUGCUGCUGUGAUUUUUUCGUUGGGAAGAAACUUCAGUUGCCCUCAUUUUAUGACUCUUUAAAAGAACGUGGAACUGUACAGAUGCUGACUGUAGGGCGAGAGGCUGCAAUUGAGAUUCAGUUGCUUGUCAGGUUACUAGAAUCUUGCGCUGGAAGCAUGCCUUGCUACUCGCUGAUUUUGUUUCAGGACCUGCUGGUGUCUACAACACUUUCUCCUGAUGAUACCAUAAACAUAUUCACUUAUGCUGUUAUGAGAUUGACCCCACAUGGCCUAUCCUCUGGAAUAAGUUCUUGGUCUUACUUACGGAAAGGAACUACUUCUUCUGCUGCUGCUUCAGAACAAUUUUAUGGGUCACUAGAUACCUCUUCUGGUGGAGACAAUACGUAUUGUGUUAGAAGGCCAUUACAGCAUGACAGGUGGUCGAAAGCGAAGGAUGGUUUCAUUGGAACUGAUAUUUGGGGUGCAGAAGUCGGUAACUCGGCUUUUGGCACCCCAACUGUUUUGCUACAGCAGACUGAGGAGAAAAUGUAUCUAUGUCCAUAUCAGUAUAAAAACCUUACCUUACUUAUCCUGAUCCCUGUUUCCUCCAUCCUUAAUGGGGAGGGAGGUGUUUCAGCCUUGAAGCAGCAGAUUCUUGAAAAUGCAUCACUGAAAAUUUUGAAAGUUGAAGAAAAGCUAUCAAAAGGAUGGGGUGGUGAGAAUGCAUAUCAUGUCAGUGGUUAUCGGUACCUGCUAGUGGAUGGUGAUAGAGAUAUAUCCAGGGCCUCUCCACCAGGAAAAGUUACAACAUUAACGAAGGAAUCUUUACUUGCUUUAAACAAGGUUAGAGAAGAGGUAGAUGCAGAAAAGAGCAGAGCAAAAUUGGAUAAUCCAAGUCGUGAGAAAGAUUUGGAAGUAUGCAUUAGAGCGAAGAACAAUGCUUGGGUUAUUGCUCGGAUUACUAGAGGGAAGGAGCUUUUUAUGGUUUUGGAGAAAGCAAAUGAAACCCUUAUGUAUGCUUCUGAUGCUAUUGAGAAGUUUAGCAACAGGUACUGCGAUGGAACUUUUUCUUUGGAUUAGGGGAAAGAAAAGAAAGAAUAUGUUGGUGUUAGAUAAUUUUGAGUGGCAUAUAGCAAACCAAACUUCCUCUUCUGCUUGCUGCCUCCUGGAAGAUACGGUGCAGUUUUGCACUACAGAUAUUUUGUAGCAUUAAAAGCAGAAAGGAAAAAUCUUAUUUAUCAAGUAUAUAAAAUGUAAUAAGUGUUUAUGAAAAAAUGUUGAUUAGUUUAUUGUGUUGUGUAUUCAGCGUUCCUUGUCCCAGAAUCACAUUCUCUAUCUUUUUAUUUAAGUUACAUUUGGAGGGUGAACUUCCCUUUUUAGUAAAUGGUGAAACUUCCAGGAUCCUUAAAGCUUCGGAGGCGA